AUGAGUAACUCGAAAAGAAGAAUCGAGACAGACGUGAUGAAGCUGCUAAUGAGCGAUCACGACGUGCAACUGAUCGACGACAACAUGCAGGAGUUCCACAUAAAGUUUCACGGGCCUAAAGACACACCUUAUGAAGGAGGGGUGUGGCGACUGCACGUUGAGCUCCCGGACAACUACCCGUACAAGUCGCCCAGCAUAGGUUUCGUGAACAAGAUAUACCAUCCCAACAUUGACUCAGCGUCCGGCUCGAUCUGUCUAGACGUGAUAAACUCAACCUGGAGUCCGCUCUACGACUUGAUCAAUAUAGUGGAAUGGAUGAUUCCAGGGCUGUUGAAAGAACCGAACGGUUCAGAUCCACUCAACAACGAGGCCGCCACGCUGCAGCUGAAAAACAAGGAGCUCUAUGACCAGAAAAUCCACGAAUUUAUCGAAAAAUACGCAACAGAGGAUAAGUACCGGAGCUCGUUCGGGAGAGACAGUGACGACGAGGAUGACGAAGACGACGAAGACAUCGAUGAUUAUGACAGUGGCAGCCAGGACGAAGACAUGGAGGCAUCUGUCAAGCUGAACGGCUCCAAGAGGGCCAGUCAAGGCGACGGCGACAUUGAAGACUACAGCGACUCCGACAACUUGAGCGAAGAGCUCACGAACAUUCAGGUCAGUGAGGACGAAGAAGACGAUGCCGAAAUCGACAUGUACCCGGAUGACGACGACGAUGACGAGUGA